AUGUCCAAGAUGCCGGCCAAGAAAAAGAGCUGUUUCCAGAUCACAAGUGUGACGACGGCCCAGGUGGCCAGCAGCAUCACGGAGGACACCGAGAGCUUGGACGACCCGGAUGAAUCCCGCACCGAGGAUGUUUCAUCAGAGAUUUUUGAUGUGUCCCGUGCCACUGACUAUGGACCUGAAGAUGUCUGUGAGCGCAGCUCCUCCGAGGAAACUCUCAACAAUGUGGGUGAUGCCGAGACUCCAGGGACAGUCUCUCCCAAUUUGCUUCUGGAUGGCCAAGUAGCUGCUGCUGCUGUUGCUGCAGCUUCUGGAGGGAUACAGCCGCCUUCUCCUGCUGUGCCUGUUGCCAAUGGAGGAGCGGUUCCCAGGAGCACUGUGAUGCCUUCAGCAACUGCCAGCCAAACCUGCUCAGUAGCGACAGGAGGCGGCAGUGUGCAACCAGCUGCUGGUCCGUCAGCCAUGCCUCUAACGGCUGCUGCCGCAUGCAGUUCUCGCUUCAGAGUGAUCAAGCUAGACCACGGUACUGGAGAGCCGUAUAGACGGGGACGAUGGACGUGUAUGGAAUACUAUGAUCGGGACUCGGAUGGUGGGGCUGUGUUAGCCAGGACUGGUGAUUGCAUUAGACACAACAGUACUUUUGAACAAGCUGUUCAAGAUAGAGACAGUGGCUUAGGUGCUACUGGUAGUUCGUUGAUAGUCUCAGGUGUGGUAACUUCUGUGCAUGGCCCUGACUCCUUAGCUGACAGUUCUGUUACUGCUGUUUCACAGCUACUCCAGCCAGAGAAAAUAAACCAGCCGUCUCCACAGCAGCCUAAUUUUAUUAUUGGUCAGCAGCCUCACAGUAGUGCUCAGCCAAUCUAUUCAGGAGCCACAGUAGCAGGCCAGCAGGUGAUGGGGCCUCUGUUGCAGACACAGGUAAAUGCACAGAGCAUGGGGCAAGCUGGGCCUAAUGGGAAAGGCUUACCAUCUACAAAUGUAGCAAUAGCUCAGCCAGGUUUGCCUAUGCCACAACAACAGGUACAGCAAGCAAAUGUACCAGUGGCACAGACUCAGCAGUUUGCCUACUCUCAGUCACAGAUUCCACCAGUACACAUGGUGUCAGCCCAGACUUCUGGUCAGCCAGAGUACAUUCAGCAUAUGACAGUAAUGCAGUCUCAAGGAGCUACUCAACAGGCUGCUUCUGGCUCAAUCACAGGCACUGGAGCUUCCAGUCUUCCAGCAGCACAAGUAGUUGGUCAGACUCCCUCACCUCUAGCACCAGUGAUGGGAGUUGCUUCACCAGCAGGCGAAACAAUAGGACAGGGAUCUGGGCUAAUGCAGGGUGGCCUGACAACUCCACUUCAGACUGUCAUUUCUCAACCAGGAGGUGUGGUACAGCAAGGCAUUGGACAUGCAGGGGCUGUUCAACAGAAAUCCAUGACUCAGCAGCAAAUGGGUGGAAGCAGUCAAGUGGCUGGUACUCCACACAGUAUAGUCUCUGGAGUUCAGAAUGUGCCUAUAGCUGUACCUGGUACUACCGUGCCUAAUGUGUCUACAACUUCUGUUACUAUGCCAAAUGCCUCUGUUACUUUAGUCCAAUCUCAGCUGACCAGCCAUACAACUGUCAGUAGAAGUUCCAGUGUUGUCCAGCAACAUAUUGGCCUUCCAUUAAUGCAAGGCACAAGUAGUGUACCUACGAAUCUACCACAAUCUAACAUUGGACAGUUUCAGACACAGCCUGUAGGCCAGAUUGAUGAUACUAGAAGAAAAUCUGAACCCCUACCUCAACCACCACUUUCUCUUGUUGCUGAAAACAAACUUCACGUGAAGCCACCUAUUCCGGACAGUUUAACAAACCCUCUUAAUUUACCUGCAACUACUCCUAUGAACAGUCUUGCCAGCACUGUUUUUGGCAUAUCUAUUCCUGUUGAUGGUGAUGAAGACAGGAAUCCUUCAACUACUUUCUACCAAGUGUUUCAUUCGAACAAGUUACAGGAAUCAAAGAACCUCUGGGAUAGUGCAUCUGGUGGGAGUGUUGUGGCCAUUGAUAACAAAAUAGAACAGGCAAUGGAUCUGGUGAAAAGCCAUUUGAUGUAUGCAGUCAGAGAAGAAGUGGAAGUACUGAAGGAACAAAUAAAAGAAUUGGUUGAAAGAAACUCUUUACUUGAACGGGAAAAUGCACUGUUAAAAUCUCUUUCAAACAAUGAUCAGUUAUCACAACUCUCAACCCAACAGGCCAAUCCAAGUAGCACUUCUCAACAGCAAACAGUGAUAGCACAGCCUCCACAGCCAACGCAACCUCCACAGCAGCCGAAUGUCUCCUCAGCAUAAAGCUUUCUUGCCUCAUUAAGAACUGAAAGCAAUCUGUCCUUGUGUGCCACUGGUCUUCUUUCCACUUUAUAUGAAAGCAGGUAGCCAUGCUUCAGUUGUGUGUUUUGGCCUUUUCAGUAUUAGACAAUCAUUCUGCAAGCGCUUUCCCUCACUGAGAUGUCAUACAACACAGUUGGUGUCCAAUUAUGCCAUCAGUGCACAAGGGAAAAUGUAGAAGGAGUUAUAAUGCAAAAAUCUGCAUUUGUUUGAUGCACAUGAGUGGAGGUCUUUAAGAGCUUUAGUAAGGCUCUUCAAGGUUUCCGUUACUCAUGGAUUACUUUGAGCCUUGGAUUUUCACACAGUAACAACCCCAUCUUUAGAGCCACUGUUCUUUCAAUGACAAGAAACAUUUGCCUACAUUAGUUUCAUUUAUUUGUUUUAUUUAUUACAGGGCUGCUAUUCAUAAUGUACAUGAACAAUGUCACAGAACUUUUAAUUUUUUAAAAAAUAAAUGUAAGUAUCAGUAAAACUUGAUAGACAGGAUUGAGUUUAAUAGAAAAAUGUUUAGGCAAUAAUUGAACAAAAGAAUCCUGGCCUAUUUCUAACACUAAUGGCAAUUUACCUUUUGGUAUUUAUUUUCAGUAGUUAAGAUCCAGCUUGAAUGUAAAUUUUUGUAUAGUGUAAGUAUGAAGACCAUAGUGCAUCUGUACAGGUAGUCGCCAGUCAUUGUGAUAUAAUAAUUGAUGGGCUAUUUUGAUGAAGAAAACUUUGCUCAUUUCUGUUUCUACUUUCUAAUAGAGAAAUUGCCAUGAUUCCUCUGCUUUUUGACAUUUCGUAUGAUUUUUUUGGGGGGUGGGGGGGAAUAAAAAGCUGUGAAAUUGUUCAACCUACUUUGUAACCAAAGAAGCAAAGCUGUGUAAUUGAGUUUUUAUUUUAUAAUGCACAUUCUUUAUGUAUUUUUAUUUAGUGUUCUCAUUCACAUUUUCUUUGCUGUCUAGCAUGAUCUGCAUGACCUAUAAUCUUUGAACCACUUUCGUACCUCAUGUUUUAUCCAGCACUCUUAUUGUGAUAUGUAAUAGUCUGUGAACAAUGUCAAAUUAAAAAAAGAAAGAACAGCUAGUGUGGUGGAGCUGAGCUGGUGUGUUAUGCACUAGUUUAAAAAAAUGAAGUGAGCCAUCUUUUGUUCAUUUAAAAUGGUGUUUUGAAUUUCGUAUGCAGAAAACGUUUUGUUACAUUGCAGAUUUUAAUGUAUUUAAUAAAUGCAACAUGCAGAUUAAGUGCAGUGUAUACUGAGUAUUUAAAUUAAAAUGUACAUUUCAUAAAUACAGUUUCAAGAGACCAUUUGUAUAUACUAACGUAGUAUGUCAGAAGUUGAUGUACAAUAUAUUUUAACACUUUCUGAAAUUAAACUGCA